AUGGAGAGUGAUUUCUUUUUUGGAAACUACAGAUCAAGGUGGAUGCAUGUCAAGAGUGCCCGUCAGUGUGGGAACACGAGUGCUGGCGUAGGUGAGAAAAUGGGGGAUGGAAUUGUGGGAUGUAACGACGAAACAAGAGGUUAG